AUGUUUGGCGGCUGGUUUGGGGGCAAAAAGCCUAGUCCAAAUGGAUCUGCGCUUUCGCUGAAUGCCUCGACAGAAUUGCAGGACUUGGAGGAUGCGAUCAAAGCUGCCGAGUUGAUCCUGAACGAUGAUGUUGAUGGUGCUGAAGAGGGCCUCGCCGGACGAGAUUCAGCUUUCCACCUGCUAGGAAGGGCUGUGGUGAUGUUCAUUAGGGCAACCCUCGGUUUUGAGCAAGAUGUUAUGCGCCAAGCGGCGGAUCGACUUAACGAGGCCGAAAACAGAGCAUACCAGGACCAACAACGCAUCAAAAACAAAGCACAAUCUCCAGAUAUCUACCAUUCAGAGAUCUAUGCGCCCGGUACCGAGUUUAUCCUCGUUCAGGCAAUGGCGCAACUUAUGGGCGCUGUUGUUUGUGUGCUCAACGAAAGUCUUACCGAAAGUAUAAAGGGCUUCUAUAAGUUAAGAAAAGCUUAUUUUGCGCUGGACGCAGUUUUGAAGAUGGAGGAGAAGUUCAUGCAGUCAAAGCAGGCCGGUACUGCAAACACUACUUCUUCAACUCCUUCACUAAAAGGGGCAGAAGCUUCUACCCAAUCUGUGGACGUUUCCGAAGACAUUUCCAAUCUUAGCCUUGCCGAAACUGCCAAUGGCCCGGAUUCGAGCAGCUCGAGCACAUCAGAAGUGAUCAACCACGAUCCAGAAUCCGAUAUCUUCAAAAAUCAGAUCGACGUUUUUGUGCACUCUGGAGCCAACUUUUGCUACGGUGUUCUUCUUCUGCUUAUUUCCAUGAUUCCACCCGCGUUUCAUCGGCUCCUCAGCAUCGUCGGAUUCCACGGAGACAAAGAGCGCGGUCUAAGAUUACUUUGGCAAGCUAGCAAGUUUCACAAUUUGCCAGGUGCCAUCGCGGCCUUGACUCUUCUUGGAUAUUACAACGCUUUCGUCCGUUACUGCGAUAUUAUGCCCGACGCCGUUCCCGGUAAGCACGGGGACAUUCAAGGCUAUCCUCAAGAGAGGCUCGAGGCUCUUUUGGCACGGAUGAGGGAAAGAUUCCCCAAGAGCCAGCUCUGGCUUCUUGAGGAGUCCCGCAUGAACGGUGCCAACCGCCGGCUUGAUGUGGCACUUGAGCUUCUGUGCACCAAGGAACAGAGCCCCUUGAAACAGGUUGAGGGGCUCAAGAUUUUCGAGAAGAGUUUGAACGCGUUGUACAUCCACAAGUACGAGCUGUGUUCUGAAGCGUUCGUUGAGUGUGCUGACAUCAACUCUUGGUCUCGCGCAUUAUAUUACUAUAUCGCAGGGACCUGCCACAUCAGUUUAUACAGAGAGUUCGCUGUGACUGACCCGAAAAAGGCAAAAGAGCAUGCGGACACUGCGAUUAAAUUGCUGCAUCAAGCUCCUCAAUAUGCAGGAACAAAGAAGUUCAUGGCGCGACAGCUGCCGUUCGAUGUCUUCGUCGUUCGCAAAAUCGCUAAGUGGGAGGCUCGGGCCAAAGAGUGGAAUAUACCGUUUAUAGACGCCGUGGGAGUUGAUCCUGUGGAGGAGAUGAUCUUCCUGUGGAACGGACAUAGCCGGAUGACACAGGAGCAGCUCGAAGAGUCAUUAAAGAGGCUUGCAUGGUCCGAAAGCGACGAGAACAAAACGUGGUCUCGUGAGGGAGCAGAAGAGAAGGGAAUCUAUCAGCUCCUACGUGCAGCUGUGCUGCGAUCGAUGCGGCGGCACGACGAAGCAAAGGAGAUCCUCGAGAGCUCGGUCUUCACACUGGAUCGCUCAGUAUUCAAGGGGCGCCACAAGGAUGAUUGGGUGCAUCCGGUUGCCCAUUUCGAAAUGGCGGCAAACCUAUGGAUGGAGCGUCCGACAUACAUUGCCCAGCAUGGCGGGCCAACCCCAGAGGGUGCCAAAGAGGACCCAGACAAGUUCGAGAAGGAGAGAGUACGGAAAUGCAAAGAGAACCUGCAAAAGGCCGCUCGCUGGGAGAGCUACGAGCAGGAAGCUCGCUUUGGGCUAAAGGUGACGGCGGCGCUUGAGGCUGUCACCAAGUGGGAGAGCCAGCACUCGACAAAGCUUGAGUGA